GAGAAGGCCAGUCGGAGUUGGAUCGGAGACUGUCUUCGACCAGCCGUUACCAGACGCAUCUGGACUGGAGCCGCAGCACAGCAGCUAACCCGUCCUUUCCAUUUAAUUAAUACGGACACUUUUUCAGAAUUUAGUAUUUAUUAAAUUUUUCACCCUGUCGUUCAGGUGGACUCUGGAUAGUUGCCUCCCUUCCCCUCACCCUUUCUACCGUGUAAAAGGAACUAAGACCAAGAGCUGGUCAGACUAGUUAAAGAGAGAGAGGGAGGACAGACAGACAGACAGACAGACAUGCACCCUCCCCCGUCGCUCCUCUCCCUCCUCCUCCACCUCUCCCUGUACCCCAGUGCAUGCUGGUCCUCCAGGAUCAUCGUAGUCCCUCCCAUCAUGUUUGAGUCCCAUCUCUACAUCUUCAAGACCCUGGCCACAGAACUCCACCUCCAGGGACAUGAUACUUCCUUCCUGCUGUCAGAGGGGCGCCAGGUGCCCCCCUCCCCCCACUACACCUUCCAACGUUACCCAGGCAUCUUCAACUCCUCCACAGCCGACAGUUUCCUCCAGUCCAAGGUCAGCAACAUCUUCUCUGGUCGUCUCACGGCGUUGGAACUCUUCGACAUCCUCGACCACUACGCCCAGAACUGCGACGCCGUUGUGGGAAACAAAGAGGUCAUGACCCAACUCAAGGAUGCCAAAUUUGACCUUUUAUUGGUCGACCCCAACGAGAUGUGUGGGUUCGUGAUCGCUCACAUCCUCGGGGUUCCCUACGCUGUCUUUUCCACGGGCCUAUGGUACCCAGCGGAGGUCGGGGCUCCUGCCCCUCUCUCGUACGUCCCAGAGUUCAACUCUCUCCUCACCGAUCAGAUGUCUCUAGUCCAGAGGAUUACCAACACGGCGGUGUACCUGGUGUCCCGGUUCGGUGUUCAGUACCUGGUGUUACCUAAGUACGAGCGCAUCAUGAGGAAGCACGGCGUGGAGCCGCGGGUGGCAAUGCAGGAUCUGGUUCAGGGGAGCAGGCUGUGGAUGUUGUCUACUGAUCUGGCCCUGGAGUUCCCUAGGCCCACUCUACCACAUGUUGUCUAUGUAGGGGGGAUACUGACCAAACCUGCCAGCCCGUUACCUCAGGACUUUGAGUCGUGGGUAAAUGACACGGCGGAGCAUGGCUUCGUGGUGGUAUCGUUUGGCGCCGGGGUCAAAUACCUCUCAGAGGACAUCACUCACAAACUGGCUGGAGCCCUGGGCAGGCUGCCCCAACGCGUGGUCUGGAGGUUCUCGGGGGUUCCGCCCAGUAACCUAGGCAACAAUACCAAGUUGGUGGAUUGGAUGCCUCAAAACGACCUGUUGGGUAAGAACCACUUCUCUACUUCAUGUACUCUCUCUUCCUUCCCUCCCUCCUCCCUCUCUGUCUGUUAGGGUGAGGAGGGGAGA